GGUGGAUCCUGGAAGAGUGUGGGUCGUCCUUGCUGCACCCGGGCUGAGAGUGAAGAAGAAUUUGCUUUCAAAAACAGCCCUCAAGGCUGGCAUCCAUCCCAGUUUCUCCACUGAGAUACCACAGAAGAUCCCGAUGGAGGAGGAUGCAAACCAGAGGGAGGAGCCCACUGAGAAGGAAAGUAGUGAUGUGCGACAUCAUGAUUUCAACCAGGUGAUGGCCGAGCCCAGCCAGAUGCCGAAGCAGCUGGACUUACAGAAUGGUAGCAUAGAGGAAGGUUUUGAAGCAAAUUCCCUUGGGAGCGAGCCCCUGCACAUGAUGGAGAGCCUAAGCCAGAAGAAAUACUCCACCAGCCUGCGAUUUAAAGCCAACGGAGACCACUCUGGCUCCUAUUUAACGCUCUCACAGCCUGUGCCUGCGAAGAGAAGCCCCUCGCCUCUGGGAACCAGCGUCAGAAGCAGCCCCUCCUUGGCCAAAAUCCAGGGAAGCAAGCAGCUCUCAUGUGAUGGUGCGGACAGAAACAUUUCCACAAAGCCGCCCACCCCGUUGGUCAGCACCUCACCCUCCCUCAGCGGCUGUUCCCUCGGGAGAGCAGACUUUGAUCACAGUCCAGGCCGGGACAGGGAAAGGUCCUGGCGGCUUGCAGAGAAGCCUCCCUAUUCCAAAUUCAGCUCCAAGAAUAAAUCCCACGACAAUGUCUACUUUUUGGGCGGACUGGAAGGCCGCAAGGCGUCUGGCUCCCUCCUGGCCAUGUGGAAUGGACCUUCCCAGAGUGACCGGAGCUGCUCCCCGGCCAGCAGCAGGUCAGGGGCGGCAAGCAUGCCUUCCAGCCCAAAGCAAACCAGGCGAAUGAACCUUCAGGACAACCUGACACUUCAGCCCAAGCUAAGCAGACACAGGGAGCUGCCGUCCGAACACAUCAAUGUGAGAACGAGGAAGCUUUCGGGCAGCAGCCUGAGCCACAUGGGAGCCUAUAGCCGAUCCUUGCCCAGGUUGUACAAAGCCACCGAGAACCAACUGAUGCCUCUCAGUUUGCCACCGAGAAACUCCCUGGGCAAUUCAAAACACACAAAACAGGGGGAAAAGGAUCUACCUCACAGUAUCGUAGACAGUGACAAUUACCUUAAUUUUUCUUCUCUAAGCUCAGGGGCUUUACCCUACAAAACCUGUGCAUCCGAGGACAGUCCUUAUGUGAGCUCUCCCCUCAGUGUCCCUGCCAGCCCUCGCAUGGCUCGGAAGAUGCUGCUGGCCUCCACAUCCUCCUGUGCCUCUGAUGACACGGACCGGGCCCCGUACUCAGGGACAAGCCCGAGUCAGGCCUUUCCUCCUGGAGAGCCCGACAGAGGCUAUGCGGCCAGGAGGAACUACUCGUGUGGCUCUGUGGAGUUUGACGAUUCUGACUUGGACAGCCUCAGGCAGGCCUCAGGAACCCCCCAGCCUGCCCUGCGGGAGCGGAAGAGCAGCAUUAGCUCCAUUUCAGGACGCGACGAACUGAUGGAUUACCACCGGCGGCAGAGGGAAGAAAGACUCAGGGAGCAAGAGAUGGAGCGACUGGAGCGACAGCGUCUGGAGACGAUUCUCAGCCUGUGUGCCGAGUUCACCAAGCCCGAGGGCCGACUGUCCACCGGCACCACUGUGGCGGAUGUGCAGAAGAUCAACAAGGAGCUGGAGAAGCUGCAGCUCUCUGACGAGGAGUCUGUGUUUGAAGAAACCUUGAUGAACCCCGAUCCGAGGUUCCGGAGCCCCCAGAACGGCUCGCUCCACGAUUCGGACGUGGCCAGCCUGGGAAGCGUCAGCCAGAGCAGCGCCAGCUUCCUGUCCUCCAGGAGCGUCCGAAGUGAUGACCCGUUCCCUGACCUCAACAGGACGUUCCCACUCCCUCCUUCUGCCUUCCGGAAAGCUUCCAGCGAGUCUGCUUAUCUGAGCAUUGUGCCAAAGCUCCCAGAGAGUCUCGGUGACGAGCAGAGGAUUCAGGAGUUGGCCACGAUGGAAGAAACCCGGAUGGUCAUUCUGAACAACCUUGAGGAACUGAAACAAAAGAUCAAGGAUAUAAAUGACCAAAUGGAUGAAUCUUCCCGAGAGUUGGAUUUGGAAUGUGCGCUUUUGGAUGGAGAACAGAAAUCUGAAACAACUGAACUUAUGAAGGAGAAGGAGAUUCUGGAUCACCUGAACCAGAAAAUCACAGAACUGGAGAAAAACAUCGUGGGUGAAAAGACCAAGGAGAAGGUCAAGCUUGAUGCUGAAAGGGAAAAACUAGAGAGGCUUCAGGAGCUUUUCUCCGAGCAGAAGACCCAGCUGGACAAUUGUCCUGAGUCCAUGAGGGAGCAGUUACAGCAGCAACUGCAGAGGGACGCCGACCUGCUGGACGUGGAAAGCAAACACUUUGAAGACCUGGAAUUCCAGCAGCUGGAGAAUGAGAGUCGCCUGGAUGAGGAAAAGGAGACCCUGACCCAGCAGCUCCUGCGGGAAGUGGCCGACUACCAGCGGAGCAUCGCUACCAGGAAGGAGAAAAUUUCUGCAUUGAAAAAGCAAGCCAAUCACAUUGUCCAGCAGGCUCAGCGGGAGCAAGAUCAUUUUGUGAAAGAAAAGAAUAAUUUGAUAAUGAUGCUGCAAAGAGAAAAGGAGAAUCUUUGUAAUUUGGAAAAGAAAUACUCCAGUCUCUCCGGGGGAAGAGGGUUUCCUGUCAACCCCAAUACUCUAAAAGAGGGCUAUAUCAGUGUAAAUGAGAUUAAUGAGCCAUGUGGCUAUUCCACGAAUCUCUUCCCUUCCACUCAGUUCCCUGCUGAUGCUGACGCUGCUGUCACUGAACCUGCCACAGCUGGGCUGGCGAGCCGGCCACAGAAUAAAGAGCAAACAUCGCCUGUCUCUUCUGGAUCUGUGUUGCCUUCUCUUUCUGCUCCACCUGUCACUCAACCUCCAUCAGUCCCAUGGCCUGAAGUCCUGACUCCGUCUGUCAAUCCAUUUCCUUUAAACGCCACACCUCCGCCUCUACCUGCUAAGAAACAUAAGCGGCAGCAGCAGCAGCGGCAGCAGGAGCCACAGCACUUUAGAAGUCUGGAGGAAAGGAGAAAACAGCACCAAGAAGGCCUCUAUCUGAGUGACACGCUGCCUCGAAAGAAAACUACACCUCCCGUAUCGUCACAGUUCAGGAGCGCUACUAUGGGGAGAAGCUCCACCCCAAAGGCUCACCUGCCUCUCGGACAGAGCAACAGUUGUGGCAGUGUGCUCCCUCCCUCACUGGCUACCAUGACCAAAGACUCCGAGUCCCGGAGGAUGCUUCGAGGGUAUACCCACCAACAGAUGAGUGAAGGACAGAGACAGAAAUCUUCUGAAUUUUAUAACCGCACUGCAUCUGAAUCAAAUGUCUACUUGAAUAGUUUCCAUUAUCCAGAUCACAGCUACAAGGACCAACCCUUUGAUACUUUAAGCCUAGACAGCUCUGACAGCAUGGAGACCAGCAUCUCAGCCUGCUCCCCUGACAACAUCUCAAGUGCCAGCACGUCAAAUAUUGCCAGAAUAGAAGAAAUGGAGAGACUUCUGAAACAGGCUCAUGCGGAAAAGACGCGGCUGCUUGAAUCCAGGGAACGGGAAAUGGAAGCCAAAAAGCGAGCUCUGGAAGAAGAAAAACGACGCAGAGAACUCCUGGAAAAACGACUGCUGGAAGAAACGAGCCAGCGGCAGAAGUUAAUUGAAAAGGAAGUGAAAAUAAGGGAGAAACAAAGGGCACAGGCGCGCCCGCUGACCCGCUACCUGCCUGUCCGCAAGGAAGACUUCGACUUGCGGAGUCACGUGGAGGCUGCCGGCCACAGCGUUGACACCUGCUUCCACAUCGCUCUCACCGAGAAGACCUGCCGCGGAUACCUCAUCAAGAUGGGUGGGAAAAUCAAAACGUGGAAGAAGCGUUGGUUUGUUUUCGAUCGGAACAAGCGAACCUUCUCUUACUAUGCAGACAAACACGAGGCAAAAUUAAAAGGAGUAAUAUAUUUCCAAGCCAUUGAAGAGGUGUAUUAUGAUCACCUGAAGAAUGCUAAUAAGAGUCCAAAUCCAUUACUGACUUUUAGUGUCAAGACGCACGACAGGAUCUAUUACAUGGUGGCGCCGUCGCCGGAAGCCAUGCGGAUCUGGAUGGAUGUCAUCGUCACUGGGGCAGAAGGUUACACGCAUUUCUUGUUGUAGUGAACGGGCGACAGUCCUCUGCAGGGCAUCAAGCAAUAACCUCUUUCCAGAACGAAGCCAUAUUCAAUCCUGAUGGAAAGACCCACCACUAACCCUUUAACUGUGUCUGAGCAGAACUUUUCAUAUGAACAAGAAGGCACUAGUAGAGGGAGAAGGGGGUUUUAAAUCAAAGCUUAAUCAUAGAAAAAGUGACUGAACUGAAUCAUAAAAAGCAAAAAGAAAUUUUUUUUGAUGAAUAUAGCCUCACACGAAUAGUUUUUUUAAAUUUUGGAGUAACAAACUAUAAAUACGGUAGUUUACAAAAAAAUAGUUGUAUGCAUCUGGAAAUUAUUUUAGGGCCUUAAUCAUUGCCGUUGGCAUUGACAUUAUAGUUUUCGGCUAGUUUCUAAAGUAUGGCAUUUGCAAAUGAUAAUUUUGUAAGCGUAAGCAAAUGCGGGGUUGGAAGUGGGUAUAUUUUAGGAGGAGAUUUUGCCUUAACUUUUAAGUACUGCACCAGAGCCAAAGACUUGGCAGGACUUCUCUUUAACAGUCAUGUUUUCAAGUGAUGAACUGCAUUUCGUGACAUUCUACCUUUCCAACUGGUACUUCAGUACAUCCAGCGCCGAGGACAUGGGCACCGCCAGCACAAGCCGUUCCACCAAUAGCGCAAACUCGUUUGUCUGAAAGAAGCAGCCUUAGACGUGCUGUGACAUUAUUCAGUUUUAAAUAAAAGGGAGUACUUACUAUUAGAAGGCUUGCAUUGCUGAAGACUUCCCCAUGCCCCGUCCUGAGGUUAAAGGCAAUCUGCAGCCAGUUUCCCUUGGCUUCUCGGACCUCCCUGGUGAAGAACGCCUGUGAACUGAAGUUUCACACAACAGAACUGAACCAGAGCUCAUUUUUUAACCAAAGAGUAGACCCAGCAAAAUACUUAUUUUCAGUGGUGUAGGUCUGCGAACAAGAUAAAUGAGACUGAACCUAGCAUUGUCUGUAAUGUACCAUUUCAUUGUUAUGUAUUUCUUUACAAUGAGUUUUUGGUUUGUAGAAUUAAGUUAAAUUUUCUUGACUGAAAUGACAUCGGGCACGUUUUUGUUUGUUUUUAACAAUGGAUUUUUGAUGCCAUUUAUACUGAUUUAUUUUUUGUGUUUGUAAGAGUGAAUGUACUCUUGAAGAAAAUAGGAAGAAGUAGGAAACAAUGACUUACUUCCUAAUUCAAGGUGAGAUAACAGAUUCAAAGUCACUCUAGAAAACUGUCGUGCCACAU